AUGCGUUUCUUCCAACGCCGUCGAGAAAAGGAUGCCGACUGGUUGCAACAGAUGGAGGGAAACUGGUCUGACAGACAUGGCUCCUGUUACGAGGUCUUCCGGGAUGCCGCGUACAAAGGCACUUCGUACUCCUGCAGCGUGCGAAUCCAACGCCCCAGCGGCGAGGCAUUUUCAAGACCAGCCGUCAUCAAGCAGGUGGAAGAUGGUACCAUAAUCUGGGGUCAAAAAUACAUCCUGGAUGAGACACACUCAACCCAGGAUUCGUUAAGCUGGAAGAAUCUGCGAGGGUAUUCUGGCUUCUCCUGGCAGCGAAUGAA